AUGGCCGCUGCAGAGGUACAAAAGAGCGGGAGAAAGCGCAAGGCCGCUGCUCGGGACGAGCCCGCCCCGCCGGCGUUCCCGCAGAAGGUCGAUUUGGAGAUGCAGAGCGAGGACGAGGGGGAGGACGGGGCGGACGCGUCGGACGAUGGGGAAGCAGAUGAGUUCCCUGAGAUUGACACGAAGAGCGAUACUGAGGACGAAGACGAGGAUGCAGGAGGGGACGACGACGAGGAUGAGGAAGACGAGGACGAGAACGAAGACGAAGAAUCCGAGGAUGAUGAGGAGGAAGACGACGACGACCUGCACAUAUUCCCCAAAGUCAAAAUGGUCGUCUCAGACAUCACCGGCCAGCCAAAACGCGUCUACCCCGCCAUCGAGCCCGACUACGACUCGGACUCUUCCACGGAAGACGCCCCGAACCGCGUCGGGGACAUACCCAUGCACUGGUACGACGAUCUGCCCCAUGUAGGCUACUCUAUUGACGGCAAGAAGGUGCUGCGCCCGGCGCGGGGCGAUGAGCUCGACAAAUUCCUGAACACGGUGGAUGACCCCUCUGCAUGGACAUCUGCGUUCGACAAAAAGGCACAAACGGACAAGCCGCUCACGGCGGAGGAGCUCGACCUCAUCCGGAGGCUUCAGGAGAACGAGGUCCCCGAUGCCGCAUACAACCCCUACGAGCCGACCGUAGAGUGGUUCACCGGGAAGGGCAAGGAAGAGGUCAUGCCGCUCUCUGCUGCGCCCGAACCAAAACGGAGAUGGAUUCCCAGCAAAUGGGAGAAACAGAAGGUCAUGAAGAUCGUGCGCGCGAUCCGCCUAGGCCGCAUCGUCCCCUCCAAGCCAAAAACCGCGUCCGACAGGCCGCAAUUCUACGCAAUAUGGAACGAAGAGCCCUCGACGCACCCCGCCCCACUUCCCGCACCGAAACCGCGGCUGCCCACGCACGCGGAGUCGUACAACCCACCGGAGGAGUACGUACCCACCCCGGAGGAGCGCGCGGCAUGGGAGGCGACGGACCCGGAGGACCGCGCGCGCAACUUCCUCCCGGCCAAGUUCGACGCGCUGCGGCGCGUGCCCGCGUACGAGGCGUUCAUCCAGGAGCGCUUUUCGCGCCAGCUCGACCUGUAUCUCGCGCCGCGCAUCCAGCGCGUGAAGCUCCAGAUCGACCCGAACAGCAUGAUCCCGAAGCUCCCGAACCCGAACAGCCUAAAGCCGUUCCCUGUGUACCGCGCGCUUCAGGUGUCCCACGAGGGUCACCGCGUGCGGGCGCUGAGCGUCAGUCCCGACGGUGCGUGGGUCAUCAGCGGGGACGAGAGCGGUGUGGUACGGCUCUGGGAAGUCAUGGUAGGCAAGGAGGUGAAGCGGUGGACGUUCCCCGGCAAGGUCGGGGCGGUGGAGUGGUGUCCGCGGAUGGACGUCAGCUUCUUCGUAGUCGGAGUCGAGGAGCAGCUGCAUUUCUUGUUCCCUCCGAACCUGCCUGUGUCUGUCCUCACUGCGACGCAGGCCCUUCUGUCGCCUGCGACGCUCCCUCCCCAGCCCACCACGCCCUCGCCUGUCAAGUGGAGCUCUCUGACAUCAGCUGCGUCUUCUUCGGACGCACCCAUCCUGACACUUGCGUUACCUCCUUCGGCGGGUGUGCCGAAGCAGCUUGUUUGGCACCGGAGGGGCGAUUACUUGGCUUCCGUAUCGAGCAGCGAAGGCCAGGGCGGCGUUUGGAUGCAUCAGUUGUCACGCAGACACUCGCAGGCGCCUUUCAGAAAGGUCAAGGGUGUCGUGCAGCUCGUACUCUUCCAUCCCACGAAGCCGUACUUUUUCGUCGCCACGCAGCGGUACGUGCGCAUGUACAACCUCGCGGAGCAGAAGCUAUUGAAGACGCUCAUGCCCGGCAUUCGGUGGAUAUCUUCGAUGGAUGUGCAUCCAUCCGGAGACCACCUGAUCGUCGGGGGUUAUGACCGGAAGCUAUGCUGGUUCGACCUCGAACUGAGCGACAAGCCGUACAAGAUUCUCAGGUACCACACGCGCGCACUGCGGUCGGUGCACUUCCACCCUUCGUACCCGCUGUUCGCGACGUCGUCGGACGACGGGGCGAUCCAGGUGUUUCACGCGCGGGUGUACAACGACCUGCUGACGAACCCACUGAUUGUGCCGCUGAAGAUCCUGCGGGGGCACGCGGUGAAGGACGGGCUUGGGGUGCUGCAGGUGCGGUGGUGCGCGCGGCAGCCGUGGCUGGUCAGUGCGGGUGCGGACGGGGAGGUGGCGGUAUGGUGCAGCUAG